CUGUGACAGGAUAGCACAGAUGAAGUUGUGAUCUCAGCCUGAAAGUUCAUUGCUUGGAGGUGCAGUGGAGACGUUUAGUUGCUGCAGUUCUCAAGCUCACUCUUCCUGAUGAUCUGGGAUCUCUGCACAGACCUCCAUCAGCUGCUAUACCUGGAAAGCAGUGAGACGUUCCGAAAGUGAUUCUCUGUGGGAUUGUGGAUAAUAAAGCGACAUGGGUUCUGUUAUCCUAAGAGUUAUUGUGUUGCUGGCUUUAACUGGACUUGGUAUUAGUAAAAAUGCAGGAAAUUCCUUCCAGAAUGAGACGGACAGCACUGCUGACUUCAGCAUGAACAGGACCUUUCCUCCACGUCCACUGAGACCAAACAGUACCAUGAUCUGGUGCCCAGAGAGGACUAAAAUCAGCCAUGUCUUCAAGUACAUAAACACUAUAUUAUCUUGUGCUAUUUUCAUCAUUGGGAUGGUUGGGAAUGCAACUCUUCUCAGAAUAAUCUACCAGAACAAGUGCAUGAGGAAUGGACCAAACGCUCUGAUAGCCAGUCUGGCACUUGGGGACCUUAUCUACAUUGCCAUUGACAUUCCUAUUGUUGUGUUUAAGCUUCUUGCAGAACGAUGGCCCUUUGAUCAGUCACCGGUUGGAGCAUGUCUUUGCAAGCUGGUCCCAUUCAUACAGAAGGCUUCUGUUGGAAUCACAGUGCUCAACUUGUGCGCUCUGAGUGUCGACAGGUACAGGGCAGUUGCAACCUGGAGCAGGGUUCAAGGCAAUGGAAUCCCUCUUAUCACAGCAAUUGAAAUUAUCUCCAUUUGGGUUAUUUCAUUUGUUCUCGCGAUCCCUGAGGCUAUUGGAUUUGUCAUGAUACCAUUUGAAUAUCGAGGAGAACAGUUUCGUACAUGCAUGUUCGCAGCUACAUCACCAUUUAUGGAGUUCUACAAAAACGCAAAGCAUUGGUGGCUGCUUGGCUUUUACUUCAUUGUACCCCUAGCAUGUACCGGAGUAUUUUAUACAUUAAUGACAUGUAAGAUGCUGCACCAACGGAAAGGAAGUCUGAGGAUAGCCUUGAGUGAGCAUCUUAAGCAGCGCCGUGAGGUUGCAAAGACAGUAUUCUGCUUGGUCGUGAUAUUUGCCCUGUGCUGGUUCCCCCUGCAUCUGAGUAGAAUAAUUAAGAAGACAGUAUACAAUGAACGGGAUUCUGGGAGAUGUGAGCUUCUCAGUUUUUUGUUGGUGAUGGAUUUCAUCAGUAUUAACUUGGCAGCCCUCAACUCGUGCAUAAAUCCAAUAGCGCUCUACUUUGUCAGCAAGAAGUUUAAAAACUGUUUUCAGUCAUGUCUGUGUUGCUGUUGCCAAUCAAAGACUGUCACAAGUACAUCUCCAAUGAACGUCACCAGUAUUCAAUGGAAAAACCAUGACCAGAAUUACUACAUUGCAGACAGGAGCAUCCACAAGGACAGCAUCAACUAACCAUAUCCCCUAACUCCAAUGACCUCAGAAAACAUGAUCAUAAUGAAUGGCUUUCCUCAAAGCUAGGCUCUAUUUUUUAUUUUUUUUUACAAAGAAAGAUAAAAUUAUUUGGACAGACAUUGAGGAAUCUACCAUUCGAUUUCAAAGACUAACUGGAGCACUGCUGAGUCCGAGCUAUAAGCACAUGGUUUUUAUUGACUGUAAUACAGUCUUCCUGUUUUUCUUUUUUCUUGGUAUACUGUAGAUGCGGCCAAUGUUGUCCUAUAUAUGGACCAGAGAAAAAUCAGAUAAAGGCAUGGCUGUAUUAAGACUGACAUGAUGAAAUUGUAAAAAAAAAUUGUAUAAGCAGCAGAUGUUACAGUCAUUUCUGCUAUAGUCCACUCUAUUCUAUUGAAUGUAAUAAUGUCCUACAGUGUGUAAAGCCACAUUCAUACAACAUUGGGGCAGUGUGACAGCACGCAAUCUGAAUGGGACUUAUUGUGCUGCCAUACAGAGCUCUGUGGGGGGUGUCAUAUGAAUGGAAUUAUUUUUCCCUAGAAGUAUCGUAUUUUUCGCCCUAUAGGACGCACCGGCAUAUAAGACGCACCCAAUUUUAAAGGUGCAAAAUCUAGAAAAAAAAGAUUCUGAACCCAACAGUGAUCUUCAACCUGCGGACCUCCAGAUGUUGCAAAACUACAACUCCGAGCAUGCCCGGACAGCCGUUGGCUGUCCGGGCAUGCUGGGAGUUGUAGGUUUGCAACUUCUGGAGAUCCGCAGCUUGAAGACCACUGGUAUAGGAGGUAAUACUCACGUGUCCCUGCCUCUCCGGACCCGUCACCGCUCGUCACCGCUGCCCUGGAUGUCCCCGUGGUGUCCCCGACGCUCCAGACGUCUUCUUCCCCAGGAUCCACGGUCUCCGUCAUCACGUCGCUACGCACGCCGCUCCUAUUGGAUGACGGGACGGCGUGCGCGACGAUGUUAUGACGUCGAAGGAGAGCGCCGGCCAUGCAGGGGAGCAGACACCGAGGAGGCAGGUAAGGUCCCUCCCGAUGUCCUGUAAGCUGUUCGGGAUGCCGCGAUUUCACCGCGGCGGUCCCGAACAGCCCGACUGAGCAGCCGGGUUAGUGUCACUUUCGCUGCAGACGUGGCAGUCAGCUUUGAUCGCCGUGUCUGAAGGGUUAAUACAUGGCAACACCGCAAGCCGUUGAUGGCCGCAGGGACCGCCGCGAUAGGUGUGUAUUCGCCAUAUAAGACACACCAACUUUCCCCCCCAGUUUUGGGGAAGAAAAAGUGCGUCUUAUACGGCGAAAAAUACGGUAACUCUUCAUGAGGUGAAAAGCUGUGUACAUGUCAAACAAUAGAGGAUGGCACAGCCACAAUUAUUUUGUUGUUGCAUUCAUAUAGAAUUCAACAGAAAAAACUGUGUAUACCUCCAUAUGGUAUGUGAGGCACACUGAGGUACAUAAAGGCCUCAUGCACUUCUAUAGGUACCCUAUUACAACUAAGUGCAAAAUGAAGCCAAAAUAUGACCUUGUGUGUGAGGCUUAAAAGAGUAAAUCAACCAACAGUAUUUCUAUUGUUAUUAUAUAUAAAUAUAACUAUAAUUACUUUGUAUAUAACAAUUUUUAUUUAACAUUGUAUCUUGAAAAGUAUAUUUUUUAAUCUGAAAGUAUAGAGGAUUGUGAAAUAUUGUAUUAUAGCAUGAGUUGUACUUGCUUUUAUUUCAGGGAAGGAACAUCAUAGGGAGGAGACACACAUUUUGUAGCACUUCAUUGUACGAACCCUUACCAUAUGAGUAUAGAUAGCAGCAUUUUUAAGUGCAUGACAAAACGCAUUAAAGUGUGUUUAUGAAUGAAAUAAUUCUAUCUGAAUAUAUUUGCUAGUUGUCAAUUAAAGGUGUUUUCGGGGUAUCUACUUAAAUCUGAGCACAAAGAAGGAUUCUUUUAUAACAUUUAUGAAAUGCCCCCAUGUCAGGAAUCAAAAAUGUGUUGCCCUGGGCUGUCCUUAAGUUAAAUGGUGGUUUUAUCAGUGUUAGGGUCACGGCAGAUGGUUGAUCUUUUGGGCCUGUGUGGAUGAUGACGUGAGUCGUGCCAGGGAGCGGAGGCUAAGGUGCUGCUGGUUUUCACCAGAGCCCGCCCAAAGUGGGAUGGUCUUGCUGUGGCAGGUGGCACCCAGGUCACUACCCCUGGCACGACUCAUCCACACAGGUUGCUGGGAGGUGGCGUGGCACAAAAGGAAACUGUCAAGAUGGGGUCAAGGUAGCAGUAGGUCAGGGCAGGUGGCACAGGUGCAGGGUCAGGUAACGGAACAAGGAUAAGGAACACGGAUACCAGAAACACAGUAUGCUUUCACUAGGGCACAAUGCAACAAAGAUCUGGCAGAGAGCAAAGGGUGGAGCUGAUACUUAAAGACAGGGUGCAGGUGUAGAAACUUAAUUAAAUGAGUACUGGCCCUUUAAAUGUAAGAGCUUCUCUGCGCGUCGGGGCUGCUAGAACAUGAAGACCAAGGAGGUUAGUGACAGGCUGGGAUUCACAUGCAGGUGCAUCCCGUGAUGCGAAUCCCAGCCCCGCCAGCAGCGGGACAUGACAAUUGAGCACUCACGUCUAUCGUGUCUGGCUGAAGCGCAGAUGUUACAAUCCGGCACUCAGAUUUGGACAUGUUGAGUCUAUUUCUAUAGGGAGAUAAGCGACUGGUAAGAGAAAUCUGGCAUACCUCCUCUCUCUCUAUUCAGAACACAUGCAGGCUUGGCCAAGAAUCCAACAGUUACGUCUUUUAUAUAGUCACUAGCAGCCACAAUAGCUAAGAGAAGACUGAUGUCCAGUCUUGGAGCUGUUUUGUAGUAAGUAAAUGACUUCUCGUGUGUUUUUUAUUAUAUUUAGGAUAUACAGUAAGUAAGCUAUACAUAUAAACCAAGACUUUGUAGAGGGCAUUUUGCAGUUGUGUCAUCAAUGUUGAAUGUUCUUUUAAAGUAUUCUUCAAACUUCACUUCAAAGUGAAAAAGUCCAAAAGUCCAAACAUACUUUGAAUAUUGAAUUAUGACUGUUUACAAUGCUGGUACAUUUAGCCAUAUAACACACCCUUUAGAAAAAUCUGCAAGAUUGUUUCCAUACACAACUACUUAGCUGAAAGAAAUGCUAACAAUAUUGUAUAACCAUGGGACAGCAUUCUCUUGUAUGAUUUAUUGGAAUAUGUUCCUCAGCGUCUAAUGAACUUAAAGUGUACCUGUUGUUUCAGGUAAAUUUCCAGAAUAAGUUGUCCUUUAUAUGCAUGUGAGCACUAUUUCUAGCCAUUAUUUCACCUGUCUAUUGCAUUUUUCCCUUGGUUACCUCACUACGGGCUCUAUCCCUGUGUCAGCUUUCUAUGAGCUAAGAUGCAGAGUGGAUAAAGACUAUCCUCUAUGAUGGCUUCCAUACACUACAUACACACAAAAAAUAGGGGCUCCUGAUUCCCUACCUCUCUGUAGAUAGCUCUCAGACGUUGUAGCAGCAAGUAGUGCAGUAAAGAGCAGUCAAACAUGUGAAACCAGCACUUUCUGUCAGACAGUAAGCUUUCAGAGUCUGUGUCUCUUUCUGCACUUCCCUUCAUUUUCACUCAUCCACUUGAUCAUCCCCUCUCUUCAUAGACUUGUAUGGACAGUGUAAUCUGAUCUCUGAGAAGCCAAAGCCUACCCUCUGCUGAAGAUAUGUUUUUCUUAGUGAUAAGCAGAUAUGAAGUGAGGGGUAAAGGAGGAAGAUAGCUGUGUAAGUGGAAAAGGAAGCACUUUUGUCCAAUAUUCACUUGAAUUAUCCUCUUGUAUCAUUGGAUUUCUGAAAAGAUGUUUGAAAUGACGGUUACACUUUGAAUAAUUUCUGUGUACCUUACACUGUGUCUUAUAUGACUAUUACAUAGCAAAAAGGGUGACAUCUACAUAGCGUAAAUUUCAUUAUCAGGGAUGGUAGCCUUAUAAGUCACAAAUGAGCCAUUUUCAGGGGGACAGACAGACUCUGAAUAUUCUGUAGGCUAAAGAAAAUCUGCAGUGUUUCUACAGGAAAAUCUCCAGUUGCAAAUCUGCACCAAAUCUUGACAACUUUAGUGAUUUUUUGCAGUGAGCUUUUCUGGUGAAUCUAAAAAUAUAUAUAUAUAUAAAUUGUAAAAAAUAUGCAGUUAUGAUUACACAAUAAUGCUGCAAAUAAAAUGAAGUCACAAUACAAAAAUGUUUGGUGUAUCUACAACAUGCAUGACGUGCUAAAGGUAUAAAAUGUGCACUGCAGCACAGUUUUUACAGUAUGUGGAUAACAAUGUAGCCGACAUGCCCCCUCCAUGUAGCUCUAUGGGCGAGACGGGGAAACCCGAGUGCAGUGCUCUGGCUUUCCCAUAGAGAUGCAUGGAAGGGGCGUGUCGGCAACAGCUUUAUGCGGUGGUCAAAACACCCUAUUCAUGCAGAGAGCAGGGUGCCGUGUGGGAGAUCUCAGGGGGCCCCAGUGGUCAGACCCCCCGUGAUCUGACACUUAUCCCCUAUCCUUAGGAUGGAGGAUAAAUAUUUCUAUCCCGAAGUACUCCUUUAAUAUCAUCUACUUUUCUGGCUCUGUAAUACUGUCCCAUGUGAAUAAACUUAGGUACCAUUUUGGAAAUGAAUUUCUUAAUGUAUAAGAUGUACCUAAUAAGGCUCCAAUGUAUAUACAGGCACCCUGACACAGAUGGAUUCAAUCUGCACGAAAGCAAUAUCCCUUCUAAAUAAUUAUCUUAAUGUCAUUCAAUGUACUUCUGUAUAUACACAUUCAAUUCCAAACAAUCCUCAAAUGGUGACCUGUUAUAGUCAUCAGGGACAUAUAGUGUAUUUAUUAGAGUGUUUCUGAGCCAUUUCUACCAUGUACUUACUAUUCUUCAUCUGUAAAUACUAUGUAUAAACUGAAAUACUGUCUGUUUUUGUCUUGUUUUGUUUUAAAAUUGCCACAAACCAGAUUCACACAGGUAAGGAACUAAACGCAUUAGCUAUUCAUACUCUUAUCCAAAACAAUUGCAUCAUUUUUUUUUUUUUUUUUUAUAACUGGGGACUGUAUUAUGUAAAACCAUAUGUCACACAUAGACUUCUAUGGGGGUGCUACUUUACCUCUGUAAUUCUCUGAUUUAAUAUGUAGGCAGACUGAGGGGUUUUUCAGAUUCCUUAUACAUUUGGGAGUCUUAGCAGGCUCUAUUGGAUCCUAUAUUAUAGAGCUAUGCUGCCUUAGUUGCAAGUUUAUAGAGUAGACACAGAGAGGCAAUUGGUCCAUAGUUAGGAGCCAUUGGGAUUCUGGGCCUCUGUCUGACCUCUGUCAUGUUUAUUAGGGCUUUAGUGUAGCUGUAGUCUGCAGCGAGAUAGCAAUAGCUAUUUUAUGUGACAUUAAUUGUCCAUUUCCAAUACUGACAAAAUGGCUUAAUAUUUGUUUCUAUGACAUUGAAUGUUCAGUGUUCAGUUUGCAUUAUAUUUAGGGAUGUCCCGAUACCAUUUUUUAAGACUGAGUAAGAGUACCGAUACUUUUUUUUAAGUACUCGCCGAUACCAAUUACUGAUACUUUUUCUGUCAUGUGACAGGGUUUUUUUUUUUUUGUUUUUAAUGGGAAAAGGGGGUGGGUUUUUUUCUCAUUUUUAUUAGAGGAAGGGCUUUUUUUAUAUAAAAAAAUAUUUUAUUUAAAAGGGGGAUUUAAACUUUUAUUAGGGAAGGGGUUAAUUCACAUUUAUUAUUUAUUUAUUUAUUUUACAAAUUUUUUUACACUUUUUUUAGUCCCCAUAGGGGACUAUUACAUGCAAUCUGUAGAUAGCAUAACAGUGAUCAGUGUUAUUCGUGCUCCUUUACUACUGCCUGCCAUGGAUGGAAGCCGUAAAGGAGCGAUUGGAAAGCAAAGAGCACGGUAUGGGACCUCCGGCCGUCCUCUCAGCUCAUCAGGACACCGCAAUCAGUAUUCCUGAGCUAACCAGCAGUUAAUUUCAUGACAUUUAGAUGCCAUGAUCAUCUUUGAUCGCGCCGUCUAUGGGGUUAAUGCCGGACAUCACCGCGAUCGGUUAUGUUCGUCAUUUGCCACAGAUCCCGGCUAUGAUGCGCGCUCAGCUGCUGGGCGCGCUACAUAGUUCGGCACCUUUGUGAUACCUGCUGGCAGGGGACAUAUCGGAUUAGGUAUCGGGGACAUUUGCACGAGUACACGUACUCGUGCAAAUGUUCAGUAUCGGUACCGAUACCAGUAUCGAGACAUUCCUUAUUAUAUUAAACUACAAAAAGAGAUCAGCCAUCUCAUAGUAUACAUGGCAAAAGUAAAACACAAGAGUGGGAUGGGCACUGCAAACACCUAUAUACUGAAAUUAGCAAAAUAAGCCAGGCAAGGCUAUUGAUAAUUUCUGGGUGUAGUAGAAAUAUUGGGGUGCUAGACAAUGAUAGCAAGCAAGUAUAUAGAUAUCUUUAUGCAAGAAGAAAACAUUGCACUCACCAAUAUGCUUCAAAGGAAAAUCAGACUUUAUUCAGCAUUGCAGCAAUGUCCAUAGGAAAAAAAAAUACGUACACGCAGGUGAGCAGGGAGGGGGAGCAGCUAGCGGCUCUGCGGCCAAAGUGUUAAGGAACUACAGCACCGUUUCUCGUCUGUGACGCUUCUUCCGGUUCUAUAUUUUUCUAUGGACAUUGCUGCAAUGCUGAAUAAAGUCCGAUUUUCCUUUGAAGCAUAUUGGUGAGUGCAGACAUGGUUUUCUUCUUGCAGAAAGACAUCUCAUAGUACAACUGACAAAGUCCCAACAAUUUUUUAGAAGUCUCAUGUAUACAAACCAGUGAGUUAUGCCAUUCCAAGUAUUCUGAACUACGUAAAACACCUCCUUAGGAGGACAAGCUGGUUAGCAGGCUAAUGUUCUAUUCCAGUAAAAUUCUAUUUUGCCACUUCCUUUGUUUGUUUGUGAUACAUGUCUCCUAACAGCAUAGUAUGUCCUCUAAAGCAAUCUACUUUUAAAUAUUUGGUCAUUGUCCCAUGAACAGAGUUCUGCACAUUUCCAGUGGAUUAGCUAAAAUAUGUGAGAUCUAUUCUCUAAAUGAAAAACA